AUGGAACCAAGGAAAUUACACACUCCCCUGACAUAUAUGGUGCUGUUUCUCAGAUUUAACCUGGCUGAAACAACCUCAGCUUGGCCCCUGCAAAGUGGAGGCCAAGCACAGCAGAAGCCCGACUUGGUGAAGCUCCCAUGGCAGAAGCUGAAUGCAAAAAUCCCAGCACAGUGGAAAGGACCAGAAGCCCAGCAUGCUGGAAACCAGAACAGCAAAAACAAACUCAGCAGAAAGCUCAUGCGGCUCAGUCUCAGAUUGCAGGAGACCUCCUGUUCAGGUAGGAAUCCCUCAUCCUAUGGCUGGAAGGACAUAUGGCUAACAAAAUCUUAA